CUAACAGUUAAACACAUUUCCUAAAGUCAUUAAUAAGCUAAAUAAAUAAAACAAAGACAGAUUAAUUGAUUCUGAAUAUUAUUAUGGAAAUAUUAAUCUGACUGUGAAAUCGAAUCUGGAAGCCAUCUGCAGAAAUUAGGACCGGAUUGAGCUUGCAUGGAGACCAUGCAUCAACAGUGAAAAAAGGGCAUACAUGUAUUCUGGUCAUUGUCUGUCAAACACAAAUGCAAUUUGUGUGUCAGUAUGAUUGAUACAUGUACAUUGUAGUUAGAUUUAUUUGGCACAUUAGAACUAUAAUUUGGGGACCCCUUAAUAUUGACGCCCCUGGCUGCAGUACGGUCAGCCCCCCUCUUAAUCCAGGCCUGGAUGUUGGAUCCCGAAAUGAAAUAAAAAAUAUAAGCCCGCUUUGUUUUUUCCAGAAAUUUGUGCCAAACCUGAGACACUUUUUUGUCCAUUCCCAGUUGUUCUAUUGAUAAGCAAGUACAGUAAUUACGCAUCUGUUUUCAGGGGCGGGCUCAGUCUCAACCCCGAUUGGAAAAACAUAAUUUGACAUAACUAUACAUGUAUAUGUUUUUUCAAAAUAUCUAAUAUUCAUCUUCGUUUACACUGAAAUUGAUAAUGGCUUCAAUCCGAGGAGAAAGAUGAUAUAUGAGUGAGGUGCAGGAAUAGUGAAUCAAACUAGUUUUGUUUUCUCGUCAUGUAACAUAUUCUUCACUGUGAUGGCAGCCCAGUGCACCCCUAACACUUUUAAUACAGGCUAAAUGUGAAAUUGUGAUUAUAAAUGGUUGCAAGCUGCAAAGUUUUUAGAAUUGAAAACGAAAUCGGAUACCAGCCACAAUCAGUUGAUCACCAGAAGUGUUAACCGGUUUCCUGUCACACUGAGGCCAAGGGACAACAAACAAGGAGGAUUGAUCGAUGGUGCAUGUACCUACAUUGACAGAGCCCAUCAGUAUCAAUUUUGUAAUCACAAAAUUACUAUUGAACCAGUAUGUCUAGUGAUGUAAGUUCAACGGCCAGUGUUCCUGAAAUCCCACCAGACUCACCAGGGAGUUCAGUUUCUACAAGACUACAGGAAGAAUAUGAAGAAUUAUUAAAGUAUGCAGUAGUUGUUCCAACUUAUGAUACCACAAAAACUGCUUCUAAAUUAGUUUUAGAUGGUCAACAAACAUUCCCACAAACAAACCAUGUCUCAACUCAACAAGAAAAUACAACAACUGUGACUACCCAUCGAACUACACAUACUGAAUCUCAGCAAAUAAAAAACACUGUUACUACGCCACGAUUCCACCCAUCAGAGUUACCUGAUUUUCAUGCGAGUCCCAUUCCUGGUAAAUCCAGUAGUUGUGAGGAUAGUAGCACAGACACAUUAGAAAAACCAGAAGACAAAUCAGGACCAACUGCUACAUAUGGUACUAAAGAGUUUAUGUAUCAAGGUAGUGGACAGUCUAAUUACCAACCUAUAGAUGUAGAAUACGAGAGAGAUGAAGAUAACAUAGUGUAUACAGGUACAGUAGAUGCAGACGUUACCAAGAUGGAGAAUUUAAUGGAUCAGUGGUGUUUAGAUCUGAAGAGGAAUGUAUUGGCAGAAUUUGGUCAAUCAAAAAUUAGAAUAGUUGAAUAUGGACGUCAAGAACUAAUGAAAGAGAAAGAGAGGCAUGCAUGUGAACAAAAUAAACUAGUAAAUGAAAUAGAUAGUUUAAAAGAAUUACUUCAUACAUAUGAACAAUCAAUGGAACGUAAAGAUGAAGUUAUAUCUAAUUUAACGCAUGCUAUGCAGAAACAAAAAGAAAGAAAGGAUAUGAUGAAACAGUUCUGUGAAUGGAGAAUAAAAUAUAAUGAUGCCAAACGAGAGGCUUACACAAGUAAUCUAGCUAAACGUCAUUAUGAGAGAAAUCUAUCAGAGAAAGUUUGGACAGCAUGGCAUUCUAUUAUAGAGAAUAAAUGGAGAACUAGAGUAGAGAGAGCAUGUCAAUCAAAAGCACAGGAAGUUUGUAUGCAACUUACAAAUGAUUAUGAAGCAAAGAUUGCAACGUUAAAUGAAGAGUUAGAUAACCGUGGUCAUGAGAUCAGUAUAUUACAUUCAGAAAGAGAUAAAUAUGAGGAGACUAUGAAAAAAGCAUUUAUGAGAGGAGUAUGUGCAUUAAAUUUAGAAGCUAUGAAUAUGUUUCAUGGUUCAGAGGAAGAACAUUCUGGAGCUGCCAGUGGAAAAUCUCAUUCCCAUGAUGUGUAUUCCGAUAAUUUAGAUGGUAAUGGACCUCAGAAAGAAUAUGGUACAUCCAAAAGUAUUCCUCGUGACUCCACAGAAAGUUUACCACCUAGAAUUAUUACAAGUCAAGGUUCACGACCUCACUCAACCACCCAUACCCACACCCAAUCUAGAUCUACGAUAUCUAAACAGACAUCAUCCACCAGUAGUAUUAGUAGUAGUAAACAUCGUCCCAGUAGUGCUAAAAUAUCUAGUAAAACCUCUACCAGUCAAACUAGUCGCUCUACCGCUAUUGGUUCUACUACAUUAGCACCACCCAUGGCUUCUGUAAUGGUAGAAAGACACCCCCCAGUCAAUAAGCAAACUAUAGGCCAGGCUACAGCUAGCAAGUUCCCUAAAGUAAAUCAAGCUGACACACAGAGAGUUUAUAAAAGACUUGCAGGACAGACCGGUUCCAUUACUAUUACACCACAUUUACAGUCUGUUAAAGUUGUAGAAUAAUCAGUAUUUUUUUUCUUUCUUAUUGUAUAUUAACAUAUUAUUUAUAUUUUAAAUUGCAACCAAAUCCUGUAAAUAAAGAUUUUAACAAAUUAAUA